UUUCCCGUGAGGUAUAGGAAUAAGAAAGUUAGGUAUCCAUGACAGCCUUGUUAUUGUUGUCGUGAGGGAUGCUGUAGUUAAUGGCUAUAUUGAUUAUUUUACUGGCGCUGCCUGAAACAUAACCUAUAAUACCAUAAUACUUUUAGGCCGCGUUUUAUUUGAAGUAUUCCACUGCAUUGUAUAGUAACAGGCCACUUCGUGCACAACUGCGCGGUUUGGUUCUCCCUCUCAGUUAGCUAACGUUAGCGAAUCUAGUAGCUAGCUAAUGUUUGUUAACGUUAGCAAGUUGGCUGCAAUUAAGUUCCACAUCAAAGACAACGAAGCUAGCUAGCUAGGUAACUUGCUAGGGUGUACAGGUGUUAUUGAACCGCGGGCGGCUGAAAAUGACAAACCUCUGCCAAAAGAGCAAGUGGGGGCAUGAAUCAGAGGGAAGCACGGUGAGAGAGGACACUCGGGGGGGCAUGAGGCGAUAAAAACGGAUAAAAGGAUGAUUUCGCGAUACACCAGGCGGCCGGUAACGCACAGUCUUGAGAUUCGUGGCUUAUCCCGAAGCCACCUUGACCAUCACCCUCUCCCAGAAGAGGUAGAUGAUGACUUCCUCCCCCAGCACCUCCUCCAUGACCUUCAGGAAGCUGUCUCAACUUACAACAGCUCAGAGACGACGUCUGCAGCCUCUAACCGGUCAGACUCUCCAACGGUCACCACUGGAAACACAACGCGGGCCUGGUCUGGGAUCCACAGCUACACAGGGACAGGCAUCUCUACAGAGAGGAGCUCUGUCUUCUCCUGGGGCUAUGAUGAGUUUGACAAGGCGGCGUCGCGACAGGUGCAGCAAAUGUUUGAGGAGAUUGAUGAGGAGCUUUACGAGGGGCGGGGUGGGGCGCAUCUACUGGGGCUGCAAGAUGAGUGUCAUCAGUGGGCAUUCAGGUUCCCUCACUUACGGAUUCUGGGUAGUCAGCUGGUGUGUCCCAGUGACGAGGGCUUUCAGUGGUACGCAAUCUCAGGGAAGGGGACCGGGACACCCGCCAGCACCACUGCAGCUGGACAGAAGGACAGCAGUAGUAGCAAACCCCAGGAUAAGGACAAGCCCUGCCCCAGCACAGAUCUGUGUGUGCAGGGGAGAAGGGCUGUGCUGUCCAGGCCCUGUGUGGCAGUUGACCACCCCCCUGGUACUCCCAGUGGAUCCAGAGGUCAUGACAGGCCCAAGGUGAUCGAGGCUGAAGGCCUAAUGGAGGAGUACCUGGCCUUUGACAGCAGGGACCUGGAUGAUGAGUGGGAGCGGGGUUGGGUGGGGGCUGGUCGGCGGAGGUACUGCCUGCCUCCUGUGUCUCCCUAUCGCUGUCGCAGACAGGCGGCCCUGGACUUGCUCUUUGACGACGUGUGGCGAGAGCUGGUUGGCUGGAUGGAGGAGUUGGUCCGCAGGCAUUGGGAGGGCUAUGUCUCAGAUGAUGAGAAGACUGCAGUGAACUUCAGCCCAUCACAGUCUGAUGCUGAGAAUCCUUUCCUGCUUCUGUCCGCACUUCCCACCCUUCUCCCCAAGCUAGGCCAGAUCAGGGUGCCCCAGCUAACAGGCAGCCUGCAACCCCAGACCACAAAAUCAAGGGUCUCAAAGCACAAGUCCAGACGGAAAUCCAAAAAGCAGAAAAAGCCAUCCACUUCCAGUCGGGUACCAGUAGGGGCAGCGGUGACGCAUCACAACCUCAACGACCUCAUAGUGAUCCACGGCAUCCCCCUGCAGCAGAGGAACCUGGGCGUGAUGGAGAAAGCUAAGGACCAUGAGGAGAGGAUGGUGGUGACCCAUCGGCCAGGGUCCAGUGUGAUUCCGUCCAGCAAGCCCCGUCCUCGCCGGGUUCUAGAGCAGAGCUCCUCGUCCCUGUCCCGUCCGCCCCAUUCGGCGCUACGCCGUAACCCCCCCCCACGCACCCUUCUGCCCUUGGUUCCCUGCCUGACACAGUUCAGUGCCGCCGGCUCCAUGGAGGAGGUCAUCCGUGGGACACACCUACCCACAGCCAGUGACCGCCUGGCCUCGCCUCUGAUACCUCUGAGCAGGAACACACUCCUUCCCCCCAUCGGCACAGAAGAAGCUGAACCCAUGCACUCUGGACAGCACUUCAGACCUACUCAGCGGCAUAGAGGCUUGUCCAGUCGUGCCCAUAGUGCUGUUACAGAUGAAGCUGGUUGUUUGCUUCCUCGGGAUCGGCUUCAUCAAUUGGACGUAUUCUCCCGUCCCAACACCACCCACACCUACAGGUCAGACACCCCUUACCGCCGCUCCUUCACAGUACUGGACAACAUUGGACAGGGGCGUCCUGGCAGAGAAUCUUUGGGUACAGACUCUUUGGGCAUCGGAGUGAUGGGCAUCAGUCUGGGCAUCAGCAGUUCCUCCUUCCUGGACUCCUUCAUCCACCACCCUCUGGGCCACUCCCCCAUCAAGGAUGAGGAGGAGCCUGACACACAAGCCCCUCCCCCAGCUGUACUGGUGCCUGUGUCAGUCCCAGCACGCUCCUACACCAGGGGGGGCUUUACAUCCCGCAGUAGCAGACCUGGGUUAUAGUCCCUUCCACCGGUUGUCACUAGUUAACACAGCCACAAAGUCUUAAUUAUCAUUAAACCCCGCCCAUUUCUACAAUUUCUCGUCUUACAAUAUGAUUUUAAACCUUACCACACUGCUAACCGUAUGCCUAACUUUAAAGUGAAAAAAAAAAGCUAUACAUUUGUUGCCAAUUUUGACUGGCUGUGGAAUUUGCUUUGUGGCUGUGUUAUCAACAUCGGCCGCCUCCACGAACCACACACCUCAGCACGGCAGGAUGCAAGACCCUGCUGCCACUCCCAACGGGGCCUUCAACAACACUUUAUACUACAAAGAACAUUUCUACAUUGUACUGUUUGGUGAUUUUAUUUGAUGCUUUUUUUUGUUUUUCUAGAGCCCUAUUUUUGUAUGUUGGAACUCUGCUUACCUGGCUGCCAAAGACAGUAACCCGUCUCAUUAAACCUACCUAUCUGUAUGUAUGUUGGUAUGUAUAUUGUUUAUGUUCUCUGAUCUCUAUACUCUUAAAUUAUUCUAUGCAGGGAAUGAGUCGUUCUACGAAAAUGGUGGCUUUUUGACCAGCCAAUAAAAAGUUUACAAAUUAGUCAUAAUAGUUAAUGGUGUAACAAUGUUAAUGAAAAUAAAUGACAGCAUAUUAUUUUUUGUAUAUCACAUUAAAAUGCUUGUGUUGCCUUUGUCA